GUCCAAUUCAGACUAAGGUGGAAUGGUAGAACACCACCACCACCAGCCUCUGAACUACUUUUUUGCUCCAUCGCCUCCGCUCGGCUUUCGACUUUCUUUCUUGCAUUUCCUACACCUUAACUGCUGGCGACAAGACUCAUCAUUCAUUGAUCGGUGUAUUCGAAUAGACCGAGGCGAAACAAGAACAGGGCUCGGACAUAGCAACCACUUUGCACGGUCUUUUCAGCUCCAGCAAGUCGAGGCCAUAUUUUUCGCCCCUACCUACCUAGGCCUUAUCUCAACUUUGACAUCGUCAUCGUUUUAGCGACCAUCCUCCGGCGCAACUCCAUAUCUUGAGCCUCCUGCAACCCCGUACACGACAUAGCCGACUCCGUCUACGGCACAAGUCGCUCGCCGUCACUUUUAUAGCAGCAAUUGCCUCGAUACCUCCUCCAGUCGCCAACCUGGCGGCCCUCGAGACCAAGCCUUUCGGCGGAGCAUCGGAAGCUGUGGCCGCCAUGGCCCAGCCAAGUGCAGAGCCAGUCGAAGAAUACGACUAUGAAUCCCUCCCGCCCAACUUCUCCCUGCUGCAGAACAUGGCAGCAGGCGCCUUUGCGGGCAUAGCAGAGCACACUGCCAUGUAUCCCAUUGAUGCAAUCAAGACCAGAAUGCAAAUCCUCAACCCCAGCACCACACCGGCCUACUCGGGCGUCAUUCGUAAUACCGUUCAGAUUGCCCGCACCGAGGGAUUCUUCAGCUUAUGGCGCGGCAUGUCUAGUGUCAUAGUUGGAGCUGGUCCUGCACAUGCCGUCUACUUUGCAACAUACGAAGCAGUCAAACAUGCUAUGGGCGGUAACCAGGCCGGUGUUCACCAUCCCCUCGCUGCUGCCACCAGUGGUGCCGCUGCCACUAUUGCUAGCGACGCGUUCAUGAACCCUUUCGAUGUCAUCAAGCAGCGCAUGCAGAUUCAAAAUUCGAGCAAGAUGUACCGAUCCAUGCUGGACUGCGCCAAGUAUGUCUACAAGUCUGAGGGCUUGGGCGCUUUCUACAUCUCUUACCCCACGACGCUAUCCAUGACAGUCCCUUUCACAGCUCUACAGUUCCUCGCAUACGAGUCUAUUUCUACCGCCAUGAACCCCGCAAAGAACUACGACCCCCUGACACACUGUUUGGCUGGUGCCGUUGCUGGUGGCUUUGCUGCUGGUCUUACCACCCCCAUGGAUGUCAUCAAGACUAUGCUCCAGACUCGCGGAACCUCCACCGACCCCGAGGUGAGAAGUGUCAACAGCUUUAUCGGAGGCUGUCGCCUAUUAUAUCAAAGAGCCGGUGUCAGAGGCUUCUUCAAGGGCGUGCGACCUCGCAUUGUUACCACAAUGCCCAGCACAGCCAUCUGCUGGUCGGCAUAUGAGUUUUCAAAGUCCUAUUUCAUCAAGCGCAACGAUGCUGCCUGA